CCUGCCUGUAGUCACGGGAGAGAGACAGAGAUGAUGCCACGAGCCAGACUGUUUCAGACCUUCUAACAUAUUCAAAUGAGGCACCUUAGAAAUCUCUGUGUUAGUGCAUAUGAUGGUGCUGUAAUCGUCUGUGUUGUAAAGUGGGUAAAAAUCAUCCAGUUUCUUCUCUGCUGGACCUCAACACAGGGUGUUGUUUAUACCCUCCCAUUAUCCGUACCCUCUCCUCUCUGAAUGUGGAUUUAAAGAAGCAAGUACCUGUCUUUUCUUUCCACUUCAUUUUUUUUAAGCCAAACUUUCCAUGCCAUUUUAAUUGUAUGUUAAGAAGAUCUGUAACAUAACACAUUGACUUAUAGUGAUGUCGAAUUCUACAAUCUGGGCAAUUCUGCCAACAAGAUUUAAUGCACUUUAACUGAAGAAAAAACUGAGCCUAACUGAAAAUCUGUUUCUUAUGGUGCUGAAAUAUCCCUUCCGACUGCACUGAGAUAACCACAGGAAAGGGCUUUUACAGGCAAAAGUCACCUUUGAUUAUUGCACUUAGCGGUCCCCGUGGACUUGAAUUUUGGAAACAUUGCUUUCCUUUGUUCAUUAUCUCCUGCAAGAUGAUGAGUUCUAAUCAGGAGGAGGUCACUUUGGGCGCUUUUCUCCAGUAUAUUGAAGACAUGGGGAUGAAGGCCUAUGAUGGCUUGGUUAUACAGAAUGCAUCAGACAUUGCUCGAGAGAAUGAUCGCAUGAGGAAUGAAACAAACCUGGCUUACUUGAAAGAAAAGAGUGAAAAACGCCGAAAACAAGAAGAAGCAAUAAAACGCAUAGGUGGAGAAGUAGCAAGAGGAAAUGAAGGCAGCUACGUGGGGAAACAUUUCCGCAUGGGAUUUAUGACAAUGCCUGCUCCUCAGGACAGACUGCCACACCCCUGCUCCAGUGGCUUCACUGUCAGAUCCCAGUCUCUUCACUCAGUUGGAGGAACCGAUGAUGAGAGCAGCAGCUCUCGAAAGCAGCCACCUCCAAAACCGAAACGAGACCCCAACACCAAACUGAGCACCUCGUCUGAAACAGUCAACACUGGAACAACAAGCAAAAGUGGGAAACUACCGGACAGGACUGAAGUGUCAGCCAAACCAAGACCUCACAGUGAUGAGUACACAAAGAAGAUUCCACCUCCUAAGCCGAAACGAAACCCAAACACUCAGCUAAGCACAUCUUUUGAUGAAACUUAUAUCAAAAAGCAUGGCCCUAUGAAGGCAACCCUCACUAGGGAUGCCUCACUCUCACAGGUCAGCAGUCCUGCUCCAGACACAGAGGAAGAAGAGCCUGUUUAUAUUGAAAUGGUUGGGAAUAUUCUCAGAGACUUCAAAAAAGAUGAGGAUGACCAAAGUGAAGCGGUCUACGAGGAGAUGAAAUACCCUAUAUUUGAUGAUGUAGGCCAAGAUUCAAAAUGUCAAUGUGAAUAUGACCAUCACACUUGUUCUUCUCAGUGUGCUACUCCCACAGUGCCUGACCUAGAUUUCACCAAGUCUUCAGUGCCAUCUACUCCCAAGGGCUUGCUUUGUGACAUACCCCCGCCAUUUCCAAACCUGCUUUCUCACAGACCUCCACUGCUGGUGUUCCCACCAGCACCAGUGCAGUGUUCCCCCAAUUCUGACGAGUCUCCUCUAACUCCUCUGGAGGUCACAAAGCUUCCCGUCUUAGAAAACGUGUCUUACAUCAAACAGCAAGCUGGAGCUUCUCCAUCUUCACUGCCACCUCAUACACCAGGCCAUCAAAAACUGGAGAAAGACCAGACAGUAUCUCAUGGAACUAGCACCCCUGGGCACACCUCCUCACCUCCUCAUCCUUCUACCUUAUACAGAACGCAGUCUCCACACGGUUAUCCUAAAAGUCACUCUGCCUCACCUUCUCCUGUCAGUAUGGGUAGGUCUCUUACCCCCUUAAGCCUCAAAAGACCUCCACCUUACGACUCUGUACAUUCAGGAAGUCUUUCAAGAAGCUCUCCAUCAGUGCCUCAUUCUACAGCCAGAAACACAUUGCAAGAAGGAGGAAAGAUGGUCAGUGUCUCGGUCAGCACCUAUGGAUCAUCAUCUCAGAGCAGUUCCCGUUCUCGGACACCCACCAGUCCCCUGGAGGAGCUAACCAGCCUCUUCACCUCAGGACGAAGUCUCCUGAGGAAGUCCUCCAGUGGCAGAAGAUCUAAGGAACCUGCAGAAAAACCACUGGAUGAGCUGAAGAUCAGAAGUCACAGCACUGAACCACUCCCAAAGCUGGAAAACAAAGAGAGAGGACAUCAUGGGACAGCUUCCUCUAGGGAGCCAGGGAAAGCUCAGGAAUGGGAUGGAACGCCAGGCCCUCCUGUGGUGUCCAGCAGGCUGGGGAGAUCCUCUGUCAGCCCAACCAUGCUGGCUGGAGGCAACAGCUCAGAGUCUAAAUCAAGCUGCCGGUUGGGCCGGUCCGCGUCCACGUCAGGAGUGCCUCCUCCGUCUGUGGCGCCGCUCAGGCAGCCCAGCGACCUCCAGCCGAGCCAGGUGACGUGCAUGCAAUGGUUGCAAGGGGACCAUACGAUGCUGGACAUGAUUGAAAAAAAGCGUUGCCUCUGCAAAGAGAUCAAAGCUCGACAGAAAUCAGAGAAAGGACUCUGCAAACAGGACAGCAUGCCUAUUCUGCCGAGUUGGAAAAAGAAUGCUGGGACCAAGAAGUACAGCCCUCCUCCUUAUUCCAAACAACAGACUGUUUUCUGGGACACUGCAAUUUGACAGGCCUGUGGAGGAUGCCCUCUCCACUGUGUGGCACCAAGCACAGGUAGCCUGCUUUCU